AAAUUGUCCAAAUUAAAGGAACACUCCUCCAUUUCUCCUCCUCUGUUUGCUCUCCUCAAGCGACCCCAAAAUUCCUGAAGAGCAACCGCCGGAAACCGUCGCAGAGAGAAGUAGCUACUGUUUAAUUAGUCUGUAUUGAAUAGAAGACCCAAUUUCAUUAGCUGCUGGUUUUCAAGUGAAGUUUUGAUCUUUACACUCCGGCGGUGGUAGAUUAAUGUUUGUUUCAAAGUCGAAAACACUAAUUGUACUCGGCUGAUUUGGGUCUAUUUCCUUUUCUCGAUCCAACAACCAAAUCAAUGGGGGACACUGCUUGCCCCAAUUCUUGUGCUGAUGACCUCAAGAAACAUGUAAUGGAGGUUUUUGAGGAGGCCACCAAAGACUCUGAGGACUUUGUUUUGCCACUAAAAUUUUCCAUGAUUCGCAACUAUGAUGACCUUAACGAAUAUGCUAUUCAAAUAUUCAAUUCUAUGGCAAACGACGACCUCCUCGACGAAGCCAAAGAGCUCUUUAAGCCUCACCAUUGUCAUCGGGGAAUAUGCCUUUGCUGGCGAGAUCAAGGCUGCUCUCAAGGUCUACCAGCGCAUGUUAGCCACCGGUGUCUCCCCCACCUCCCACACUUACACUCUACUCAUCAUGGCUCUUGUAACAGACUCUUCCGAUGUCAAUUAUGUUGGCCUUGCCAAGAAGUAUUUUAUGGAAAUGUUGGAUAAGGGAUUGAAGCCCCAUGAUGUGUCCUAUAUCUCUGUCUUUGAUGCCAUUGCCCGCCGGGAGUCGGUGGAGAAGGCCAGGGAGUUCAUUGAGCAGAUAAAAGCAAAGGGGCUCAGCCUUGAGUCCAUUGUUUUCAACUUUGACGAAGCCCACCUCACAGAGGCGAUGAAGACAAUGAAGUUGCUCUAUGAUCUCAUAAACAACACGACUGACAAUGAUAUACAAAAGCUCCUCCGCAAGUGGUGCACCAGUGGACAUGGCUUCCAGAAAAAGUCAAUGAAGAUCUACAAGGCUCUGGUAAAGUAUGGCAAUGCAGACGAGGCCAUGGAGGUUCUUAUGUUGUUCAUUAAGGGCAUAAAACCGGCCGCCCUAAUCCAUACCUGCGUUAUUGAGACCUACGUCAAUGCUGGCAAGAUCAAGGGUGCUCUUGAGGCUUACAAGGACAUGUUAGCUGCUGGGGUUGCCCCAAACUCCUACACUUACACAGUUUUAAUCAAAGGACUCACUGCUGACCCCAACUUCUUUGGAGAUGCCAAGAAGUUUUGCUUGAGAUGAUGGAUAAAGGGAAGCGGCCCAAUGCUUCUACCUACACUGCGGUGAUAGAGGGCUUUACAAAGCAGGAGGACAAGGCAGCUGAGGAGGAGGGAAAAGAGUUGGUGGAGGUGAUGAUGGGUAAGGGACUAAGGGGUUUGUGCCAAACGCAAAGGCUAUGAUGGAGGUUUUAAGGGGAAGACCAACAGCUGUGAUAAGAAGGGUCAUGAACAUUGUCCUUUCUAAGUUGAAGGGCUGAUGCAUUGCUUCAUUGAUGUAUUCCAGCAGUUUUGGAUUGGGAUGUUUCAAAAAUGGGAUAGCUAAUGAGCUUAGGUGAUCAUGUUGGAUUGAGUUUCAGUAGGGGAUUUUGUGCUGUUCUAUAUCAUUAUGACAUGUUGACCUUGAAGUCUUUGGUGCUAAUUCCUGCAGUUUAAUCUGGUUCUGCAUACAUAUUUUUCCUUUUUAGCCACACUAUUAUCUGCUUUUGACUGGGUGGGGAUCGCAAAACGUAUAUCGAUUUGCACAGGUUGCUUUUCUUGCUAUGCAAAACCAUGACUGAUUAAGGGAGGGAAACAAAAGAAAUGUGAAACUGGAACUCAUUGGUUGAAGUAAAGACGUUUAGUUAAUUCAGAAAAGUGGGCUUUGAAGUGAUCUCUUCUACUAAGGGUGUCUCCACUUCACUUUGACAUGAGAAAGAAAAAUUUUCUGUUUCUGGGUUUCUGCCUCCUUUGUAUGCACUCUAUAUGAGGUUUUGGUGUGGGCUUUGGGAUGUGUGCCAUGGCCUCAGACUGGUCUCUGAUCUUGGUUACAGAGCUGUGAGGUGGAAUCUUCAUUUCUGUUCCUCCAACUCACUCGGAAGACUUGCAUCCUCUCUAGAGUCUCAUAUACAGUUGCAAAGAGUUGUUGGGAAGGAGUUGAACUGCCCCCAUAAAUUUGAGCCUCUCUUAAAUCUUUGUUGCCAACUCUCUUGCAUUCCGUUUUAUUUGACCCUUUUGGGACGCACUGUUGCAUUGCACCAGCAAGAAAACAUGUGUUGCCUUUUCGAUAGUUAGGUAUGCCAAAGAUGUCAUUGGCACACACGUACCUUAGUUAUGGCUAUACUAAGCUUCCACUAGAAAUUAGAAAUCUAACAAAGGACUGAUUUGUCCAACUAAACCUGAGUACUUUCAAAAUGAAGUCCCUUCAGUCCGUUGUAGAAAAAUUUUGAUUGCAAUUUUUCAGUGUAGAUUUGUUUAACUUCCUUGCUUUACUGCACCCUGCAUUUAAUUGGAAGCAAACCUUGCAUCCAGUGGUGUUAAAGAUACUCUUGUAAAGGUCAGGAAGUUAUAUAAAUCUGCACUGAAAAUUUAUGACCAAGAUUCUGUUGCGACAUUACCAAUUUAUAUGAAUCGGCACUGGGUUAGCUUUCUUCUGGAUAAUCAUAACUGUUUUCUAUUCAUUUAAAAUUUGUUUAAACAUAUAGUUUUGUUAAUCAUCUGUUUUCUACUUUUUUACUCGAUCUCAUACCACUGUCAUUGUGCUACUUUCCUCUAUACUGCUACUUUCUAAUGCUACUUUAUGUAGUACCACUUUUAUUCUUUUGCCACUAUAAUAACAAGACUUUGAUGCAUAUGAAAGUUAUUUUCCUCUCUUUUCCCAAUAAGUCGACGACACUCCCUAUUCUUUCUCAAAGCUUUAUAGGCCUUUUUUAUUAUGACAUGUUUUAUCCUGUAAUUUACCAAGAAAUU